CCUCCGCAGAUCUCCUGUGUGCGGUAGACGGGUCAUCUGUGAUGUCGGCACCCUGCAGAUUCUACCGCUCUACACCUGUCUGGACCAGAUCCAGCAUGUGAUGAGGUCUUCAGACUCGGUACAGGGCACUCUGUAGAGGUUUCAAUGGACUCGGGUUGUUGCUGUGUGAAUUCUGCAGGCGCUGUCCUCGGGACUCUGGUGACCUUUGUACUGCUGUGGUUGGGAUAUCGCCUGGGUGUCAUCUACCAGCUCUUCCACAAGGUGGAAACUCAGAGUCCUCGCCAUGGAGGAGAGGUGGUCGCUAAAGUCCUACAAUCCCACGGCGUGCGAUACGUGUUCACGCUGGUUGGCGGCCAUAUCUCGCCCAUCCUGGUGGCCUGUGAAAAGCUGGGAAUAAAAGUGGUGGACACGAGGCAGGAGGCCACCGCUGUCUUUGCAGCCGAUGCAGUGGCCAGACUCUCAGGUACUGUGGGUGUGGCCGCAGUGACGGCUGGUCCGGGGUUAACCAAUACUGUAACCGCCAUUAAGAAUGCUCAGAUGGCCGAAUCCCCGCUAUUGCUGAUUGGUGGAGCAGCUGCCACUCUAUUGCAAGGGAGAGGAGCUCUGCAGGAUAUAGAUCAGAUGUCGCUCUUCAAACCUAUAUGUAAAUUCUGUGCUUCUAUCCGCACCAUACGAGACAUAGCGCCUAUCCUGCGCAGAGCGCUGGCCGAGGCCCAGUCUGGAACACCGGGCCCUGUGUUUGUGGAAUUUCCUAUUGAUAUUUUGUAUCCAUACCAUUUGAUCCAGAAAGAAUUGGCACCCAAAGGUGCCCCUAAAGGAAUUGUUGGGAAAAUCAUUAAUUGGUACUUACAGAAUCACCUGAAUAAUUUAUUUGCGGGAGCCUGGGAGCCACGAGACACCUCGCCCCUUCCUGUCUCCAUCCCCUUCGCCACCCCGGAUCAGAUCCAGCAAUGUGUGGAGUUGGUGAGUCGAGCGAAGAAGCCUGUAUUCAUCCUGGGCAGUCAGGUGACCCUUCCUCCCACACCUGUGGACAAGCUGAGACAGGCUCUGGAAUCCCUGGGUGUUCCGUGUUUCCUGGGAGGGAUGGCCAGGGGCAUGCUGGGAAGGAAUAGCCCUAUCCAUAUUCGACAGAAUCGCAGGGAAGCGCUUAAGGAAGCGGAUGUCGUGAUACUGGCAGGCACUGUGUGUGAUUUUCGGCUUUCCUAUGGCCGCGUUCUGAACAGACGCAGUAAAAUUAUCGCGGUGAAUAGGGACAAGUCUCAGCUUUUGAAGAACUCGGAUAUGUUUUGGAAGCCGGCUGUUGCUAUUCAGGGAGACGCAGGUUCUUUCAUCGCCCAUCUCGCUGAAGGACUGAAAGGAUACACGUGUCCCAAGGACUGGCCAGAGAGCCUGAAGUCAGGAGAUGAAUCCAAAGAGAAAGCCAACCAGGGAAAAUCUGACGAGAAGACCGAGAGACACCUGAAUCCCUUGAAAGUGCUCCAUGUAGUGGAUGAAGUGAUGGCGGAGGACAGCAUCAUUGUCGCAGAUGGAGGAGACUUUGUAGGGAGCGCGGCCUACAUCCUUCGACCAAGAGGACCUUUGUGCUGGCUGGAUCCAGGUGCUUUCGGUACUCUUGGUGUUGGAGGAGGAUUUGCUUUGGGAGCUAAACUUUGUCGUCCAGAAUCUGAGGUGUGGAUUAUAUUUGGGGAUGGCUCUUUAGGUUACAGUAUUGUAGAGUUUGAUACAUACACACGUCAUAAGACCCCUGUCCUUGCCCUUGUUGGAAAUGAUGCUUGUUGGAGUCAGAUUUCUAGAGAACAAGUUCCUCUACUGGGAAGCAACGUUGCCUGCGGUCUGGCGUACAAUGAUUACCAUGUGGUGGCAGAAGGGUUUGGUGGAAAGGGUUUCUUGGUCACGCGGCAAGAUGAAGACCGAAUAGAGGACAUCAUCAAGGAAGCACAAGAGGCCACUAGGAAAGGGAAAGCCACACUCCUCAAUGUACUAAUAGGCAAAACCAAUUUUCGAGAUGGGUCCAUCUCCGUGUAGAGGCUUUUUUUUUUUUUUUUGUUUAUGUUGAGGAUUGUGAAAUGAAAAAAUAUAUUUUUAAUAGCUCAAAUUCCCUAAUUUCUGAGUGUUCUCAUUUCAUCUUUUUUUAAGGUCGGCAGUCUCAGAUUUAGAAGAGUCUUAGGAAUGAUUAGAAAGACACUAGAUUUUUUAUAAAUUGAUUUUUCAACUUUUAAUGGUUACUUUUAUGUCGCUCAUUGCUGUUCUGGAAAAUCAGAGAGCCUCUGCUAGUAUGUACUGUAUAAUUGUAAUGUGACAUGGUAAACAUUUAAUUAAACUACAAGCUGCAAAAUAA